AUGGAGUGUCUUACUCCGUACAUUCCUCCGGCCCUCCUGCCACUGGCAGAGCAGAUCCAGAAUCAAACCCACACGCUCGGUAUCGCCGCCCUUUCACUCAGCGCCGUGCUCCUAGGUUACCUCUUCAUUGCAUGUAACAGGGAGUCGCCCGCGUCAUUCACAGUACCCAAUCCACCUGAAAUUAGUGAUGACUGGACCGGAACAAAAUGGGAGGAUCUUCCGGAGGGGAGUGAGGAGAAACAAGUAAUUGAGGGACAGAUUCGCGGGAAAUGGAACGAGAACCUGAUUAUGAGCUAUUGCCCCGCAGACGGACGAGUACUCGGCGCCGGGAUCAAGCCUGCGACACCAGACGAUGUUGAUCGGGCCGUAAAUGCGGCAAAGAGAGCGCAGGAACAAUGGGCUAGCACUACGUUUGCAGAAAGACGGAGAGUGUUGAAGACUUUGCUAAAAUAUGUACUGGAACACCAAGAUGAAAUCGUGAUCGCCGCCUGUCUGGACUCUGGAAAGACCAAAGUCGACGCAACGUUCGGCGAAACGCUCGUAACCGCGGAGAAGCUGAAAUGGACAAUUGAUCACGGUGAAAAGGCGCUGAUCCCGGACUCGCGACCUACAAAUUUCCUCAUGAUGUAUAAGAAGAACCAGGUCAUCUACGAGCCUCUUGGUGUUGUGUCGGCAUGUGUUUCGUGGAACUACCCCUUCCAUAACUUCAUUUCGCCGGUGAUCAGUGCAAUUUUUGCUGGUAACGGAAUUGUGGUGAAGCCUUCUGAGCAGACUGCGUGGUCGUCGGCCUAUUAUUUGGAGGUUAUCCGGAGCGCUUUGGAAAGCUGUGGUCAUCCUCGCGAUCUCGUUCAAAGCGUUGUCUGUUUACCCAAGGUUGCGGAUGUAUUGACUUCUCACCCCGGUAUCUCCCAGAUGACUUUCAUCGGCUCGAAGCCGGUGGCGCACAAAGUGUGCGAGUCUGCAGCAAAGGCAUUGACACCAGUAACGGUCGAGCUAGGCGGAAAGGACCCGUCUGUUAUCUUGGAUGAUAGCAGGACUGUUAGCGAAGUGUCGUCUAUUGCUUCAGUUCUCAUGCGUGGUGUUUUCCAAUCUGCUGGCCAAAACUGUAUCGGCGUGGAGCGGGUUAUCGCUCUCCCUGCCGUCUACAGCAAACUCCUAGAAAUCGUAUCGUCACGCAUCAAGACCCUCCGCCUCGGCUCAAUCCUCCUCGACACCAAACCCAACAAUCCCCACGGAAAGCCCGGCGCCCCCGACGUGGGUGCCAUGAUCUCCCCGGCCUCAUUCACUCGCCUCGAAUCCUUAAUCGACGACGCAGUGAAACAAGGCGCCCGUCUCAUCGCCGGCGGUAAACAGUUCGCCCACCCACACCACACUCUCGGCCACUACUUCGCACCUACCCUUAUCGCAGACGUCACCCCGUCCAUGGAGAUCGCGCAAACCGAGCUCUUCGCUCCCGUCUUUCUCAUGAUGCGCGCUACCUCCGUAUCAGACGCCAUCGAGAUCGCAAACUCCACAGACUACGGCCUCGGCGCAUCCGUCUUCGGCUACAACACCCGCGAUGUCAGUGCCUGCGUACGCGGCAUCAAAGCCGGCAUGGUUUCCGUCAACGACUUCGGAAGCUAUUACGCUGUGCAACUGCCGUUUGGCGGAGUCAAGGGGUCCGGAUACGGUCGAUUUGCUGGUGAAGAGGGUCUCCGCGGCGUGAGUAAUAUCAAGGCGAUUUGCGUGGAUCGGUUUCCGAGGGUCAUGGCUACUCGCAUCCCCCCCAGAGUUGACUACCCUAUUCAGAAGGGCGAUAGUGACAAGCAGAAUGGGAAGGGCGCGUUCGAGAUGUGUAAGGGAGUUGUUGAGACAGGGUACCAGCUUACACUUGCCGGACGGGUUAAGGGGAUUUUCAGGUUGUUGGGGAAUAUGUAA